AUGAGUUUUUCACCACCACCACCACCUGUUUUUGUUGGUGAAAACUACAACAUUUGGGCUGUGAAAAUGAAGACACAUCUGCAGGCACAUGACCUGUGGAAUGUUGUUCUAAAUGACACAGAGCCACCUCCCUUGAGAGCUAAUCUGACCAUAGCUCAAAUCAGGCAGCAUAGUGAGGACACUGCCAAGAAGUACAAGGCCAUGUCGUGCCUUCAGAGUGGAGUUUCAGAUGUCAUCUUCACAAGGAUAAUGGCUUGUGACACUCCAAAGCAGGCCUGGGACAAACUCAAGGAGGAGUUUCAAGGGUCAGACAAGACCAAACAGCAACAACUGAUCAACUUGAGAAGGGACUUUGAGAAUCUGAGAAUGAAGGACUCAGAAACCAUCAAGCAGUAUGCUGACAAGACUAUGGCCACAGUCAACAACAUAAGACUGCUUGGAGAUGAGUUUAGUGACAAGAGGAUAGUUGAAAAAGUCAUUACAACUCUAUCAGAGAAGUAUGAGUCAAAAAUCUCUUCUUUGGAAGACUCGAGAGACCUAUCAGCUAUACCCUUGAUAGAGCUGAUCAAUGCUCUUUAUGCACAAGAGCAAAGAAGAGCAAAUAAAAUGGAGGAGCACUUUGAGGGAGCUUUUCAGGCCAGGAGCAGAGAGCUCAAGCUCAAGCUCAAGCUCAAGUUACAAAGGCAAGAAGCCUUGGCUAGAAAAGAAAGAGAAAUGGAAGAAGGAUGCUGCCAAGAAGAAGUUUCCACCUUGUGCUCAUUAGGCUGCAAGCAACUUGGCCACAUUGAGCAAGUUUGCAACAACAAAGUAAGAGCACAACCACAGCACCAGAACCAAGCUCAAGCUGCUGAGGAUGUUGAAGCACAAGAAGAACAUGUCUUCACCGCCUCUUAUUUUGCAAGCUCGAGCAAGAUCAACAAAAAUUGGUUGAUUGACAGUUGA